AUGAGGUUCUUUGACUUGUUCCUGUGUGUAGCCACCGUGGUGUCGGUCGUGGCUGCCCCAGCAGGAGACGCGAGCACGACUAUAUCAAAGCAGAAGCGCAAGAGCAAGUUCUCCUUCACGGGCGUCAACCAGUCCGGUGCCGAGUUCGGAAACAAGAACCUGCCAGGCCAGUUGAACAAGGACUAUACAUGGCCGGCUCAUUCUUCUAUCGACACUCUCGCAGGAAAGGGCAUGACUACCUUCCGCAUUCCUAUCAUGAUGGAGCGGGCUAUUCCAUCUAAGAUGACCGGAACUAUCAACGAGACGUACUUUCAGGGGUUGACAGAUAUUGUCAGCUACAUCACGGGAAAGGGCGCAUAUGCCAUCAUUGACCCACACAACUUUGGUCGCUACUAUGAUCAAGUCAUAACAGACACUGCGGGCUUCCAGGCUUGGUGGAAGACGGUAGCCAGUCGAUUCGCCAAGGUGGACAAGGCUAUCUUCGACACCAACAAUGAGUAUCAUGACAUGGACAAUGACCUCGUCGCAAAGUUGAACCAAGCUGCCAUCAACGGAAUCCGAGAUGCCGGCGCUACAACCCAAUACAUCUUCGUCGAGGGUAACUCAUGGACUGGCGCAUGGCAUUGGGUUUCUAGCGGAACAGCCACUGGCAUGGCCGGUCUGACUGACCCAUCAGACUCGACCGGUGCCAAAAUCAUCUACGAGAUGCAUCAAUAUCUCGAUAGCGAUGGCUCAGGCACUUCCACUACCUGCGUGUCUUCUACCAUCGGCAAAGAGCGUGUCACGGAGGCGACGAACUGGCUCAAGACAAACAAAAAGAAGGGCAUCCUCGGCGAGACGGCCGGCGGCAACAAUGCCCAGUGCAUCAGUGCCCUCAAGGGCAUGCUCCAGUACAUGGAAGACAACAGCGAUGUAUGGUCAGGCUGGCUCUGGUGGGGAGGUGGCCCCUGGUGGGGUGACUACAUCUACAGCAUCGAGCCUCCAAGUGGCGUUGCUUACACGGGCAUCUUACCCAGCAUUCAGCAGUUCAUCUGA